CAAAGGAGCAAAAGCAAAAUCAAAAGGAAAAUCCCAAAGAAUGCCUUCCAAUCCAAUCUGAAUGCUUCACUUUUACUGUUUGUGACCCAAAAUUUGUCUCAUCACCUACCACUGAUAACAUUACUCCACACCCACCACUUCCCUUAAUCUCUCUCUCUCCUCUUCUUCUUCUUCUUCUCUCCCCUUCACACAUACACACAAAACAAGAUAAUCAUAUUACUCUUAUUUACUACACAAUUUUUUUUAGCCCCCAAAUAUAUUUCCAUGUCCCUGUUUUUCCCAACUGAAAAACACCACUUUUCUUGUUGCCAUUUUUGGGAUAUUAGGGUUUUUACUGGUGAAGUUUUUGCCCAACAAGUGUGGUGGGAGAAAGCUCCAUUUCAGCUUAGAUUUAAAAAAAUUGUACAUUUUUUCUGUCAAACCCAGAAAAGAAAUACAAUAAAUUGUUCUAUUUAACCUGUUAUUUUGGUGGGGAUUUUUCUUAAAGGUUACCCUUUUUUUUUGUUUUUGAAGGUAUUGUAGUUUUAAUGGUUGCCCAUUUCAUGGGCUUUGCUGAAUUUGUUAUUGGAGAUCCAAGUUGGGUUUUUUGGUGCGAGUAAUUGGGUUUUGGGAUCCGAGCUUUAGUGCUCAGUUAAUCUGCACUUCUAAUUCCACCUGAGGUACUCCCGCUUUUCGAAAAUGGCUGAUCUUUAUGCUAAGUUAUCCAAGAAAGCUAUUUUUGGCUUGAAAGUCUGGGAACUGAUUGGAAUUUUUGUUGGACUGUUCAUCAUUAUCAUAUUAGCCCUUAUACCUCUAUGCCUUACUGCGCGCAAGAAAGCUAAGAGAGCUAAAGGCAACUUACCCGUCAGUCAAAUCCCCUCGGUUUCUAAAGAAAUUAAAGAAAUCCGAGUGGAGCACAUAUCGACGAAUGCAUAUGCUCCUGGUGAAGGGAAAUUUAUGACCCUCAAGGACAAAUUUAGUGAUAGGGAUUCUGAUAAGGGGGUACAUGGAGAUUCAGGUAAAGUGAGAAAUGGAGAUGGUAGCAGCCAGUCAGGGUCAUUUCAUCGUAUGGAAGUGGGUGGUUCCAUAUCAGGGGAUGAAGGGGGUUCUGGAGUGUAUGCUAUGUUUAAACCAUCUUCCUCUCAUCCAAUCACAGCUCCUUCUCCACUCAGUGGUCUGCCUGAAUUUUCACAUUUGGGUUGGGGUCAUUGGUUUACGUUAAGGGAUCUUGAAACGGCGACAAACAGAUUUUCUAAGGAAAAUGUCAUUGGCGAAGGUGGAUAUGGAAUAGUAUACAAAGGAUGCUUGGUCAAUGGUACCCCUGUAGCUAUAAAAAGGAUUCUGAAUAACCUAGGCCAAGCUGAGAAGGAAUUUAGAGUUGAAGUGGAAGCCAUUGGCCAUGUUCGUCAUAAGAAUUUGGUCAGACUUUUGGGUUAUUGUGUUGAAGGAACUCACAGGAUGUUAGUUUAUGAGUAUGUUAAUAAUGGCAACUUAGAGCAAUGGCUACAUGGUGCCAUGCGUCAGCACGGAUAUCUUACUUGGGAGGCCCGGAUGAAAGUGUUGCUUGGCACAGCAAAAGCUCUUGCCUACUUGCAUGAGGCAAUUGAGCCAAAAGUUGUUCACCGGGAUAUUAAGUCUAGCAAUAUUUUGAUCGGUGAAGAUUUUAAUGCAAAGGUCUCAGAUUUUGGCCUUGCGAAACUUCUCGGUGCUGGAAAAAGUCAUGUAACAACUCGAGUGAUGGGAACCUUUGGAUAUGUAGCACCUGAGUAUGCAAAUACCGGCCUUCUAAAUGAGAAGAGUGAUGUUUAUAGUUUUGGAGUCUUACUCUUGGAGUCGAUUACCGGAAGAGAUCCCGUGGACUAUGGUCGUCCACCACAGGAGGUGAAUUUGGUUGAUUGGCUUAAAAUGAUGGUGGGAAGUCGGCGGUCUGAGGAAGUUGUGGACCCGAAUAUUGAAGCAAAACCAUCAACAAGGGCUCUGAAGCGUGCUCUUUUGACUGCGCUGAGGUGUGUCGAUCCAGACUCUGACAAGAGACCCAAGAUGGGCCAGGUUGUUCGCAUGCUUGAAUCAGAGGAGUACCCCAUACCUAGAGAGGAUCGAAGACACCGAAAGGGUCGGGCAAAUAGCGCAGAGAUUGAGUCCUCUCAGAGGGAUUUCUCAGACACAGACAAAAGUGACAAUCCAGACUCAUUAAGGUCAGAUAUAAGAAGGAAGCCACGAGCAUCAGGAUAACCUUCUUGCAUGCAGUCUGAUCAUUCGUGUAAAAUGAUCAUCAUGGUGACGUGAUUUCGACACUCAGGUGCAAAGUCUUGAUGGAAUUAGGAUGAAUGUGGUUGAUUCGGGGCGUGGUCAUUAUUUUUCUUUUAUAAUUCUGUUUUCUUCUUUUUCUUGAGCGCUGGUGUAGUAGGGUAUUCUCUACAAGAUGAAGUCUGUUUAUUUUUUGGUCUGUAUCAUUUUUUACCCCUUUUUUUUUCCCAGGUAGUAGCCUAUUAGGUAGAAAUAUCACAUAUCGAUUAUCGAUAUUAUAUUUUGUGUAUGAAAGCGGUACGGUAAGAAGCUUUUUUUCAUUAGUGGGUGGGGGUGGGUUUGUACAGUAGUACAGUUAUUCUUGCUAUUCAAAUUUGUUCUAUGA